GCCUCCCUUUCAUCCUCCGCGCCCCGAGCUGUCAUCAUUUUACCGGGAGAGGCGAAGGGCAUCCUGGAUACCGGCCGAGAGGGGAGCCGCUGAAAGUCGUUUCUCGAGGUCAGUGAGCGGGACUUAAGACUUUUUAACCAUGUGAGCCUCAGUAUUGGGCAUUUUUGUUUUGCUGUUUUACACAUACACAUAUCUUUGCAUCUGUUUGAAAAAAAUUGAAAUCCGUCUGGAGGAAUUUGGGACCGUACCUGUUAGCACGUUAGCUGCGAGCUAGCUGACACAGCGAGGGGUCUCAAAGAGCCGGGGCAUCUGUCAAAGUACUUAAUUAACCUGUUAAUCAAACAUCUGAGUCUCUGACCAAAUGAAAGAAGGUCAGAGUGCUUCCCGUUUCUUAUAUCAGCGAACGACAUCAGUACCAUUUAGCCGCUAGCCAAAGGCGCUAAUGGUAAUUACUACUGAAGCGUUUCAACGAUGCUAACCGGCUAAUUACAUAACGGAACAGAACAGCGCUUUAAAUACCGACUAUGCACUUAAUGUCGGGUAUUCACCAGCACUCUAUUACCCCUGUGCGUCUGUUUAUGCACUUUUUAACCUCCCAGGGGACAUGGUUUUACUGUGUUUUGAAAAUCAGGUAGUAAUUUUCGGGAACUCAUGACUAGCGAAAGGACAAAGAGACUGACUGUUAACCUAACCAAUCAUUAAGCGUUAGUGUCCUAUUUCCGGGCGGGAUUCCCUCAGUCAGCCAAUCGCAAAACAGAUCAGGCAGUUGUGGGCGCGUCCAAGUCGGAGUGUGGGAAGGAGUAUGGCAGGCAGGGAGUGGGGGGACCCAGCAAGGUCAAAACACAGAAGCAGAAGCUCCAGCUGAGGCUGCACCAAGAGACGAAACCCACUGUAAAGAAAAACAGCUUUAUAUUCCCACCUUUACUUUAAAGUCUGACUGUGUGACUGUGUUUCUUAAGUCAGCCUGUUAUGGGAUUCAAAGCAGGAGUAUAAAUCUGGUCGCACAAUUCAGAAGGAGUUACUUUUGGCAUGUUACAGGCUGCAGGCAAACACUCAUAUCCGCUCUGUGACCUCAGGUGUGCUUGUAAUUCAACAGUAUCUAACAAUAACACACUCAAGGCCAAAGGGGUGUGCUUGUUCCAGCUGGGUUCUUAAUGCUUCAGGCCACCUAUUCUAGAUAAACUGUUUGUUCUAUUGUAUGAGACGUUUUGUCAUAAGUUAAAAUAUUUAAUAUAUAUCUAUUGAUUAGACAAAGUGUAAACCAAAAGCACAGGACAACUACAAACAGCUUUGUUGGCUUUUAUAAACAAGAUUUUUGCCAGUAUUAAAUUUUGGCAGCUGUUGUUUUAGUCUAGUUCUAGUCAUUUUUGCCCCAAAUAGUUUUUGUGAAGUUUGAUAUAUAGAUAUAGAUAUAAAGAGAGAAAUAGGUUUACUUGAAGUCAGGCAGUCUUUCUGUGGCCAUUAUGGAUAUAUUCUGACAUUCUUUGACUCCUCCUUUUUGUGGGUUUGGGGUUAAAUGUUUGGUAUCUCAUCCUAAACAGUUUAGUCUCAUCAUCAUCUCAUUAAUGAAAACAAAACCAGAGCUUAUGUCAGUCAUGGUAUAUUUGAGCUCAUCAUCGUCUUGUCUUCGUCAUAGAAAAAGAGUUGUUGAUCAACAUUUAUCAUUAGAAUUUACAUGAAUGAUCACAGCCUCAGUACUGUCCCCAUCUCUCUGUCUGAGUUUUGUUACAUUACAUAAAAAUAUACUUAUAAAAACACCAGUUGCCUGUUGGCAUGAUCAGACCAAAUGGAAAGGGAUUUUUUCAUGCUCAUCACAUGUCAGGUUUUCUGUGCAACAAGAUAAUUUCCAGCUUAAGAGAAAAACAUUGCAUAACUCUUUUUGUGGUUGUGGAGCAGCAUUGGGAUUUUCCUAACCACGGUACAUGACAUCAGUCAUGUCAGAUUUAAACUCCCCUGAAAAAAGAAUACAAAGACUUUGUUGUCAGAUUGUCUUGUUUUGCACGAGAACCUUUGCAAGAUUUGUGUUUUUUGUAGAUAAAAUGUCAUUGUGCUAUUUAACAAAAGUGAAACUGUCCACAGAGCACAGGGAGAGUGAAUCUUGCACAGGAUGAAACAAUUUCAGUGUCAAAGCCAAAAAAUACAGUUUCUUUGAUGUUUCAUUGAACUGAAAAGUCUCUUUUCAAAAAAGUGGUGGCAUCCUCGGGCCCAAGUGUCUCCUGAUGAAAAACCAUCUAAUUUCCAGAGUCCACCCAUUCUGUGUUACCUGCUUAUGAGCAUGCCACCAGAUUCGUUAUUUUAUUACAGAGUUAUUGCAGUUGAAAUGCAGAAAAAUGGUGCAGCGGAAAAAAGGCAGAUUGCAGCCCACAUGUGACUAACUUAAUCAGUUAAACUGCCGCUCUUAGGGGAAAGAGGGACAGGUGUCCUACAACUAGGCAUGUGCAGAUAUGGAAAAUUUGAUAUCAUGAUAUUGGUGACCCAAAAUAUCACGAUUCAUGAUAUUAUCAUGAUAUUAGUGCAUUGCUUUUAACGUUAUUAAAAAUGGCAAAAAACUGCAAAAUCACGUCUCUGUGUACAGCAUGACACGCAGCCGUUUAAUAUUGCAUAUCACAAUGAAAUCGUGUAUUGGCACAUCCCUACCUACAGCUGACACAGAAUAAUGUUAGUUGUGGUACGAUUCAAGUCCUGAAAUCAGCUAAGAGGACACAAAGCUGGGCUGUGGCCUGUAACGAUGAACCCAGACAGGUCAGGCUCUAGUUUUCUUGAUUUCUCUGAAGGGCAAAUGUUUCAGGGUUUAUAGAAAAAUGUUUCUGCUCAGGGUCAGAUUCAUGACAGAAUUUGAAAAACUGGUCCAAAAGUAUUAGUCAGGCAUAAUGGCUGAAAGUGUAUCUCUGCUUAUCUUGUUUUUCUCUCUAAAACGUCUUUUUUUGGCAGCUUUUUAGUACACACUUUGUUUCUUGUACCAGCACUUGUCUUGGUUUGUCUCUGUAAAGGAAUGAAGUGAUUAGAGCAAAAAGUUCACAUUGGCGUUAAGCUUGUGAAGGUUCAAGGUUCCAGGUGUUGAAAUAUGAACACAAGAACCCUCAUUCACUCUAACACUGUGUCUCUCCCCCUCCCCCUCUGUCUUUCUCUCAGUGGACAAACAAACCAGUGGACAGUGGAUGUUUGAUUCCCCCCUCUCUGUUCUGGGACCGACCCUGCUGGACUAAUUUUAUCGCCUUUUUUUGUUCUGGGGUUGAGGAUAUCUGGCCCGUUGGCCUGAUCACCACCACCGCGUGUGUGUGACACUUUAAGGACUGCUUAUGCAUCGUUUAAGGACUUGUGCGGCGCGUUUGCGUCCGCUUACCGCCUCACAGGCGGCUCAGACUGUCUGCCAGCAACGGCCAAUCACAGCUGCCUCCACAGGUGGCACAAGGACGUUUCAGCCAAUCAGGUGCUAUUCAGCUCCUGUGGCCUCUGAGCCGUUCCUAAACGGGACGAGCUCGAACUAUGUGGAGGAGAUGUACUACGCCUGGCUGGAGGACCCCAAGAGUGUUCACAAGGUAAGGAGAUGGGGCGCCCCCUGCUGGUCUGGAGGGGCAGUUCAAGACUGGACUACAUUGAUAGGAUUUCUUUAUUUUUAACUGAAAAAUCAACAUUGAAAUAUAUUGCACCUGCAUUUUUUGUCUAAUUGACUUCAAAAUGAGACUCCACUGGUGGCAAAAGUGUAAGAAGUCUUCCAGGUAGACAAGCGUGGAGAAGAGGUGAGCACAACCUACUAGCAAGCUUACUUAGUGUUAUCCCUAAAUUUAAGGUUAUUACACCUUAAAAGUUAAAAACAAAGGUAUUUUUUUUAAUCACAGCUGUAAUAUUUCUCAUGGUGAUGGAUGGCUGGAAGGUUUGCCAUAAAUGACGGUGAUUGCAAGUAUUCACUGGACAUGGGUGAACAAGCUGUAGACACAAACACCCACUGCAGCAGGAGAGGAACUGUUGUCUUUGCUUUGAAGCACAUAUUUACAUUAAAAUGUAGGAAGACCUGGAGCCGGGUUUUAAUGUAGUUAUUUUGAUUUUAAACGGAAGUCACCAAAGUAAGAAAAAUACCCUCUAAAUUUUAUGUUAUUAUUCCUUCAUCAUGAAUGUGAGGAGCGCAGAUAUCAUGAUUAGCUUUGUUGACCUGCAGCCCUAAUGAGAUAGUUAGUCUCUGUAGCCUCAGAUAGAGAGCUUUUAAUCAUCUUGACACCCUGGUCUGCUCUCAGGAAAGGACAUAAUUCAAGGCCAUUAAGGCAGGAGUCAGGUCAGCUGUAGUUUCAGUCUCUGCACUCACAGCCUGUGUCAGCUAUUAGUUUGCUGAGGUCAAGAGUGUCAUGCAAUGGUCAGGUAACGAUAAGAGCACCCUCUGCUGGAUACUUCAGACUGCUUGAGACUGUGAUGAGGAUAUCGCUUGUGGUGAAAUUGACCAUGUCUUAUGAAAACUGAUCAGGUGCGACAAAAUCUGUGAGCCGUCAUAUCAAAAGCACUUCAAAAAAGGCCUUUGCACUGUCUCAAAGGCAGGUGCAGUUAUCUCAGCGCUAUUGUUAAUGACAUUAGGCCUCAUACUGUCACAGCACCAAGCUGAAAAAGUGCCAAUAUGAAGGUGACAUUCUGCACAGCUGGUGCGAGAUGGCGCCCCCUCAGAGGCCGUUUCAGUGACCUGUCUACAGGGACACUAAUAACACAUUUUAACUGAGGGGUAAAGGACAGCCACCUAAUAAUAGCCGCAGGAAGCUCAGUCACAUGAUGGAGCAGUUUAAGGAGUCAAGUAAAAGGCCAAGUCUUUGGUAGGCAGAAGCCAACUCUUAAACAUAAGACCAGGUGAAUACUGGGAUUGAUUAUGAUGUUAGUAAUUCAUUUCUGAUUGAUUAAAGUUUAAAAGAGAGGAAACUCUUUGUAGAAGAAAGUCUUGAGGGUGCAAGAGGGCAUACCAAAGUUUGAGGAAGAAGCAGCUUCUUUUCUGAUCAUUUGUUGUACAAAGAGCUUCUCAUAGAUUUGCUGUGAGUUUAGUUUUUUGUGAAGAGUCUGUGAACUUACUUUAUAACUUAAAAAAGAGGACAUAUGCCACAGUGAAUGGAGAAAGUGUUGGUGUUUACUUCCUUGAAUUUUCAUCAUCAUCAUCAUCAUCAUCAUCAUCAUCAUCAUCAUCAUCAUCAUAUGUUGGCUUAAACCCCGCUGGAGUGUAGAUACAAUUUUGAAUGUGUUGCUCAUUUUUUGCUUUAACUGAGCUGUAAACAUGGAGGGUAACACACACAGUACAUCCCGUGUUCCUGUGUGUGUAUUUCUGUGUGCCUGUGUGAGUCAUGUUACAUGUCACAGUCGUUAUGUAAACUUCGGGCCAUGUGACCUUACUGCUAUCAACUGAGCAAACUAGCUAGAUGCUACAUGGACAUUCUCAUGGACACAAGAUGUACAUUUUAAUGUUGGUGACUGUUUAAUAUAAAACUGAGAAAAUAUCAACAUAAAAUCACUUUAUUGAGUUUGAGCAGGAACCAAAAAUAGAGUUGAACUGAUUAGUUUAACAGGAACAUUAGUUUUUCAAUAUAUGUACCGAGUGCUAAAAUACACAGGUGUUUGUUUACAUCAUGAGAGGAACAACAUUGUGGGUUCACAUGGCAACCACAGAAACAACAGGAUACGGGAGCUUAAUGUAGUGUUUUCUCUCAGUGAGUCACUUCUUCACCAGUAUAUGUGUAAAAGAGCAACCUUCAUUGUCAGCCUGAUGUUGAAUUUUAGUGUGGAGGUGGUUUACUUAUUGUUACAGAUGACCAUAAUCCUUUAAAUUCAGGCUGAUAGAGAAAUGAACAGAUAGAAUGGAAAAUAUGUUUCAGCAGUAAUGUCUUCUGUGAAACUGGAUGAUGAAUAAACCCAAAAACUGGAAGACAGAAAGACAUCCAGAAACUGUACCAAGCUCUAAUGUAACACUCAUACAAAAUAAAGCUGCAGUUACUCCCACACAGACAACACCAGGGCAGGUUGCCUGAGAGUAACAAAGACUAUUUUUACUUUUUUUUCUUUUUCGUACUUUUUGUGUAAGAUUACUAUCUGCUUUGAAUGACUGAGACCAUCUUGUCACUCUCUGUCCCUCAUGUCUGGUCUUCUGCAGUGCCUGUUAAAUGCCCUGCAGGUGAUCCGUCUUAAUUUAAAAAUGGACUCUGUUUUAACUUUGUAGUUUUAGGUGGCUGCACAGAUCAUCUGCACAGCACCAAAUUAAAACAUUUCAAAGUGCAAGCUGGUAUUUGGAUGUCUUAAUCAGAUGUGCUGCUGAUGAAUGUUGGCCAAAGAUCUGACACUUAAUGAAAGGACAAACUUCAGGGAGGCUGUGGGUGUGAAGAGUAUGUGAUGCAAAGCUGCGUAAUUCUCAUCAGUAUUUUCAAUAGAGAGAAGUUUUGUGUUUGAUAAUGAACCAUGCUUGUCAGAUAUGAUCCUGCAAAGCUUACCUUGAAAUAUUUGAGUCUCUGAGCUUGUUUUUGACUCACUGGAGAGUUCAAGUGAGUUUUCUUGAGGUAUGUUGUAGUUCUCUUUCUUGAACCAGUCUGACUCGUCAAGCAGUUGUAGUUUUACUCUUUACAGAACAGUGCUCAGAAACUUUUGGGCUAGAGCUGCCAAAGUUAAAAAUAAGACUCUAAAAAGGUUCUUAUUUGUUUCUGUUUUUUUUUUUCAGAGAAGUAUCUUCAUCUUAUAUUUAUGACGUUAUACCAGAAUAGUACUUACAAACUCAGAGCUGGUUUAUAAGGUCAGACAUAGACCUGCUGUAAAGGCACUAAUCAUACAUGAAUGCAUGAUGGCUGCUACACGUCCCCAGUGUUGGUUUGUUGUGUUGACUGUGUAGUGAAGAGGCAGACCAACAUGGAAACAAGUUGAGUGUUUUGGUGUAAAGAGCAACUCUGUUAACUGUCGACUUUCAGCUGAACGUGUCAGUGAUUAUUACAACACUAGGGAUACCCUGUUCAAGGAUUUUUUUUAUCAUCAUUAUUAUGAUGUCAAACUGUACUCAUCAGAAACUAAAGGCAUUUGUGAGGGACUACAACCAGGGGACAGGGUCUCUCUUUGUUACAAACAAACAUAAAGUAAAAUGUUUGAUAAACUCUGAGGGAACAGCACUGAUGGUUUGUUCUGUCCACUGAUUGUGAGUCACCUGAGCUGACUGGGGAUGUGGUCACUCACCAGGCCACUGAGACCCAGAAAUAACAAAACACUUGCCUCCACUCGCAUAAAACCUGAGCUCUCAGUCUCGGGUGUUUCAUCUGGAGGUUUUAUUUAAAGUCAUGCAGAGCAAAGUCAUAUAUGUGUGGCAUUAUGCUUGUGAUGCAGCUGAAUGUGUACACAGCAAGUGUGUCUUCAGUCCAACUGUGAAUUCAAAAGUAACUUAAGCUUUCAAGGAAAAAUGAAUUGUUGUAAAUGAAGCAAUGAAAGUUGUAGAUGAUUUUUUUUUUCACUCCAGGAACGAGACAGUCACACCAAAGUAAAUAUUAUGAUGAGUUCAAGUGAUGUCUGUUUUUAUGACAUCUGUAAAGAAUUCCUCAUGUAACAUCUUGUCUUUGACUCCUGUUUGUGGUUGCAACUCAAUCAGAAAGUGUGUGUGUGUGUGUGUGUGUGUGUGUGUGUGUGUGUGUGUGUGUGUGUGUGUGUGUGUGUGUGUGUGUGUGUGUGUGUGUGUGUGUGUGUGUGUGUGUGUGUGUGUGUGCGUGUGGAUUAAGGGUUUGCUAACAUUUGACAGGACCCUGACUGAGGUCAGUACUCAGAGAUGAGAUGAUUCAGGCUGUAAGGUGACCUGCAGAUGAAGUAGUUUAGUUCAAGGUUGCAGCUCGGUUUUAUUUUGGACAUAAAUUUGCUCCAUGACCUGCUGGAUCAUAAACAUUUUACAACACCAUAACUCUAACCUGUCAGAUGGUGAAGAAAUUGAGGCAAAUGUCAGGGCUACACCAUUAACGUCUGACAGUGUCGUUGUUAUUGCAGUGUGAACAAAGAAUCACAUCACAAAAACAUGAAUUCAUCACAAGUAAGAGGAACAAUUACAAAAACUGUUAUUUCUUACUGAGCAUGGAGACCCUAAUCAGGUUUUAUCCUGCAGACUGAAAUGCAGCCAAAGGGCCUGAUAGCCUUAAUAUAAGUAGGAUAGGUCGAGUUUUAAAAGCAGGAGUUGAGUUUUAUUGUAAUAGAUAUGUAAGGUUACUUAAGUGAGGAAUCUCGUGACUAAUUCUGCCUCCUCUGUUCUCUGGAGGCUUCAGAGGAUAAGUGUGGUGAAAAGUGUCCAGUUAUAAGAGGCUGCACUGCAGACUUUCUGCUGACGCUCGUGUUUUAGAAACAGCUGAAGCCUCAGAUUGCUGGCUGUUGAAAGAGCAGCUGCUUUUUCAAAGGGACAGUUUUCACGUGUAGUGGGCUGUAUGAAGUACUUGUCAAUAUUAAAUGAGUGACCCAGAGGAAACCCCCGACAGCACAGGGGCUGAGCUGAUGGGGGUUUGUAGAACAGUAGGAGACUUGGCGUAGAUGCAUGAUUACUACCCCUGCAGACGAGGUUGAUUUUCACACAAGUACCUCAUCCAACCACAGCCUGAGCUGUUUGUUGCACAGUAUACAUACUCAGAUUCUUAAAGGGAUAUUUCACUAUUUUUGAAGUGAGGUGUGUGAGUUAUGUGUCAGUAGAAGGUGUAUGAGCCACAGUAGAUGCAGUCAGCUCGGCCUCUACACUGAGAAACUGCCAGUAAUAAUAGGACACUUGGACACUUAUAUUUUUGACUCAUUUUGUCUUGAGAACACCAGUUGGAGUAGUCAAAUAAGAUACUAACCACAAGUUUAAGUGGUAGGUUAUGGAGAAAACUAAGGACAUCAAACAAGUCUGAAAUUUGAAAACACAUUCAACAUUUAUUAAAAACUCUUAUUGCACAGAGUGAACAGCAGCAGCAAAUCCUCUGUCCACUGUCAGGCAUACCUGAUUGCACUCAUCUAAACCUUAAUCUUGAAAGAAAUCCCUCAUGUGGAGCCUGGUUUAGCAGCGUACAUCAUCAACUUGCAUUUAUGUCAAAGAAGGAAGACCUGUCGUGUAACGGAGCACCUCAUUCUCCAAACUGUCCCACAUUGAGCUGUUGGUAUUCAGCUCAAUAAUCCACAGAAGAGAGAUGGAGAGGGGGCCAAAAGUCACCAACAGACAGAAGGUGUGGCGGACGUCAGAGAUGGAGAUCCUGGAGGAUUUUUGUGACGAUAAAUAGUGAACGAUAACUUAUAGCCCAUCCCUAACCCCUACUUUGCCAUCAGAAAGAUGCAGAACACGCAGACACGUUCUCCUGUAUGCAGUCAGCGAACUGGGUCUUCCUGUACAGCAGCUAACAGUGGAUUGUGAUAAGUUUGAUCUGUUGUUCUGUCACUGCAUUAAAAAAAAAGUUUCUGUACAGUUUUUCUUGUUUUCUGUUUCUGAUUAAAUUCCUGAAUGUUAAAGGAAGUCGGGAACAAACAGUGUUUAGUGUUCAGUACAGCAGUGGACUCUGUAAGUGAAUGAUGUACCUGCAGACUGAGGGGCUGUUGUUAUCAAGUCUCACUUGUGACUUGGUCUGUGGGAAUUAGCUCUCACCACUAGGCAGCUUGGUAUCUCUAGUUCUCCAGUUCGAUGAGUGUUCGGGUCAGAGUUGUUAAAAUUAGCUUAAUUAUGUGGCAGAGCUGGUCCGGUCUGCCGCAAACAACGGCAUACCUGACCUCUUGUCUCUGCCGACAGUAAAGGGGCAGAGCAGACCAGCUAAAAAUUGUGACAAAUACACUUAGGAGUUAUAGAUACAUGAACUACUCCUUUAUGGUUUGCUGAUACUCCACACAGCACUUAUUUUACUUCGUGUCCUAUUCUGAUUUUUAAGUUAAGUUUAUAGAUGUUGGAAGACGAUUUAGGCUCCAUUUUAAAAGCCUUUUCUACUUGUCUACAUAACAAAUGAGCUUUGUUGGACUUUUAGUCUUGAAAGUUGAGUGAAAUGUUUGAAUAAAGUGGAGCUUUCAGGUCUGUGUGUUUUUGAGGAGUUAGUGGUGAUUAAAACCAAUGAAUGUAUCUGACACAGAGGGCGUAGACUGACAGGCAGGGGCCACAAAUGGUUGAGUGGAAAACACACACAUUUUUGAAGAACAUAGUUGGAACCACACCCUCUUGAACUCCUUCAUGCAGCAUUGACUUGCUGUAUGUACUCAGGUUAUGUGCUUUGUCGGCACAUCUGAAGACAGCCGUCUAUUAAAUGUUGACUUAUACUUACAGAGAGGAAAAGGCUUAUCCGCGCUGAGGCUGUAAAGACUGAAACAAUAAACUGUUUGACGUGUGUUUGGUUUGGGAAUAUCUUCGUGUUAUAAGGGCGCUCUGAGCUCAUCCUGGGAAUAAGAUGUUUGUGGGUUUUUUUCAGCUCAUUCUGGACUCAUGAGUCACAGAGUGGAAACUCAAUGCUGCAGCAGUAAAAACAGGCUGUCUAGAUUUGCGUAGAUCCCUGUUUGCUUCUUAGUCAAGCACUAUUCAGCCUUCUUUGUGGAGACAUUGUUCAUCCUCUUCAAGUAGGGGUUAUUUUUGGAAGCAUACCGAGCAGUUAAUGAUGGUUUCUCUUCCAAUUAGGUGAAAGCCUAAAAAAACAAGGAUUUACAUUUCAGAUGCACAGUCUAACGGCUCUUGUUGACAGAAUGCACAGAUUGACAUGCACAUACACAGGGGCAGUUUUCUUUCCAUCACGACUCAAUGUUUAUAAUUUUAAGGUAAUUUCUCAAACAGCAAAAGAGGAAAAAAAAUGAGAAAAAGCUUCACUCAUUCACUGAGCCUUACUGAAGAAACACUCAAGUGAAACCAUCUUUUUGGCAAGAUGUGCUACUCUGUUUUCCAAUAACAGCAAAAAAAGCUUUGAACCAGGAGCUUUGAUCAGUGUGUCCAUCAGGUUCUGACUAAUCCAGACUAUAAGUCUUACUGUUAUUUGAGACACAGUCUGUUUUUUGGGGUCUUUUAGAGGUUUGAAACGGUUCAUAUCGCAUAAAUCAGAAAAGUCCACAAUGUGCCAUUUCUGUGCAGCCGUGUAGCUGCUGUAGAGUUUGAAAUCCUCUUUGUUUCUCAGCUUUUCAUUGCAUGACUGUGAAUCUUUACAGAUUACAUUGUGGAUGUGAUGUUGCAAACUCCUUUCAUCUGUUAAAAAACCUUAUAUGUUUUCUCCCUGUCUCUUGUCUUUCUCAUCCCACACUCAUCUCCUCCUCUACUCUCUUUCUCUCCUCCUUCUCUUGUCCAGUCGUGGGAUGUAUUUUUCAGGAAUGCUAACGCAGGUGCUCCUCCCGGUGCAGCCUACCAGUCUCCUCUGGGCCUGUCUGCAGCUCCUCAACUCUCCUCUCUGGUUGGAGCUCAGCCCAAUGUGGAGAAGCUGGUGGAGGAUCACUUGGCUGUGCAGUCCCUCAUCAGAGCCUAUCAGGUACACUAACACACAUGCACACACAGGCAGGUGCCUUAUAACACUGCAUGUUGCUUUAUAGUGAAACCAGUGAGAUGAAGCUCCAGAAUCCAAGUUUCAAAGUCUGAAGUUUGGCUGCUAUGACACAGAUUAUAUUCACUCAAUCGGCCAAUAUUAAGAUUUUAUGUAGAUGUGGUAAUUUUGUAGUACUGACCCUUUAACGGAGUAGCAUAGCAGUACUAUAAUGAUGUCUAUUUUUUUUGUUUGUUUUAACCCUUUAACUGCUUAUCAUAAAGAACUUAUAAGUGAUUCCCAAUACAGAAGACGAAACAAGAAUAAAUGAAGAGGAAAAACAGAAAUUUCUGCAUGACUAACUUAUCUCUUUUACUUUAUAAUGUUUAGUUCUCUGAAGACAUUUGAAUUCAUGGACAGACAAAAUAUUUUAUGGUUAAACUGAACACAACCAGCAACGAGAAGUAAUAAGGAAGUAUCUCCUUCUUUAUGGAAAAACUUGAAAUCCAAUUAAGUCCAAAAUUUUAUUUAGAUUCUGGGUUUUGCAUCUCGAGAGAGAUAAUGAUUUUCCUAGAGAAGUUUACUUGUUAUCAGAAAAACUCCUUCAUAAUGAACUUUCUGCAUGUUUUCUCUCAUGCUGUGAUGUUUAACUUUUCUUUUCCCCCCAGAAGCUUGAUUCUUAUGAAGCUCGGUAGAACAAACACGUCAUGAGUGAUCGUUCUUUCUUAAUAUAUCAUCUUUAACUAAAGACUCGUUCCUCAAGAUGAGAUCUGAAAAUGAUCAGUAAAUUAAGAUAUCAUUUCAAAGGUGUGUUGAUGCCAAACAUAAGGUUAUUUUAACUACGGUUCAACAUUAUUCCAGUAAGUGUCAGAAAUUAAUCACUCUGAGAAAGUGUUAAAUUUUGUUCACAGUUUUUUCAUCCUGGAAGAAAAAGCUAUUUUCAGAGAGAUUUUUUAAAACCGCUUUUGGCUAGUAUCCAGUGCAGCAUUAACAGGUUUUUACUUUAGAGCUUGAACUUCUGCUAAAUGAACAAUAAAAUAUUAAAAUUCAAAAGUGAAAGCCAUGUUCAGACUAGAUGUCCAGAUACAUGUGUAGCUUUCCGGAGAGGUGGUGAAAACCUUAAUACAGAUUUGGUUACCAGAGGUCUUCACAGGUCCCAAAUCUUUGAGUAUAACAAAAAGAUGAUCAGGUGUUGAAAUAGGCUGAAAGUCUGAGAGCUUAAAUGUCUGGUCUAAAUUAAAGUCUUUAAAGAGGGAGUGUUCGUUUUCAGGAUUUAUAUUUUCCUUCUGAUAGCUUUGUAGUAACUUAAGAUUUACAGCUUGAAAACUCCUUAACUUCCUCUUUAAUUUGAGCCUCUGUCGCUUUAAGAUCCAAAACAUUCUAGAACCCAGCAUUCUGGAAGCCUCCUUCACUGUUGCUGUGUCUUUUGAGGAGAUGACAAAACUUGAGCAAAUCACACGUAAAUCUGGCUGAGCACUCAUGCGACUGCAGUCUCAUCCAGCGAUGACUCCAACACACAUUUACCUUGUUGUUCGAAACACUGCUGACAUUUCGUAUGCCCCGCCAACACUUCGAAUUACAACCCCUUCAAACAGAGGACAGAACUAUUGAACCAGGUUAACAGAGUUGAUGACACUGUUUAACUGAUGCAGAAGAACAAGAGGGUCUGCAGGAUGAGCGAGCUAAUUAUUUUUUUUUUGGUUUUGUAAAGCACCACGUAAAUAUGAGUGAGCUCAGAGUUUGUCAGGGUCAGGAGUCCCUCUCAGAGUCUGUCCUGUACAGCUGAGUUUGUCAAAGAAGCAUCCGAACCUUUAAACAAAAAUAACCUGCUACUGAUUAAAGCAUUUCCAUGUACAAAAGUCGCAUUUCUCUGGCAACCCAUCUGGAAAAAACCUUAAUAAUACUUUUAAAAAAGAGUUGAGAAUAAUAAGAUUAACCUAAAAUCGCCGAGAGACACACUGUUUGGAAAUUAAUGCGCAUAUGUAAGAGCAACACUGCGGGAUUUUCAAUGGCAGCCAUGUGAUCUGAAACACAUCAUCAACGAUUUGAGGAAAUCAGUACCAGAAGUCUUGCACUGAUGCAUCAUGGUUCCAGAUACUGAUGUAUCAUGGUUAGAGACAGAUGUAACCCUUAUUGUUCAAAGUUCAUGUGCAGCAAUAAUGAAUCCAUCAAACGAAUAAUUGAUUAUCUGGACCAGACCAGACUGAAUAAGCUCUCAGCCGUGAGGACCUUCUGUAACCAGGUGUGCCUGUCAGUGCAGGUUGUGUUGUGAUAACCAGGUGUGUGUGUGUGUGUUUAGGUGAUGGGGCAUCACAAUGCUCAGUUGGAUCCUCUGGGAAUCAGCUGUGUGAAUUUUGAUGAUGCUCCGGUCAAUACCGGCUUCCAGGACGUCGGUGAGACAACAGAGCUAAAAAAAACAAACUGCUUCAGUCUGUGGUGUUAAUGUUGCCUUUCCCUCCCACCCUCCCUCUCUUCUCUCUCUCUUCUCUCUAUCUCUCUCUUGCCUCCUUUUCCUCUCUCUGCUCCUCUUUUAUACUUUUCCCUGCUGUGAUUCAACCUCUGCUUUCUCUUCUCUGUCCCUGUUUUUGUGUGAAAUCCUGUUUGGAUAUGGACCCUCGGUGCUUUUCCUCUUUUCUGAAUCUUUCCUGAAUCCUUCACUCCAUCUUGCUUCUCAUCCGCUCACCUCUCCACAUCCUACCGCCUCCCUUUCUGGCCAUUUUGUUGCGUCUUGUUUCUCCGUUGUCAUUUCUGCUCCUUUGUUACGUUCUGUCUUGUCCUCCUCACUUCUCCACCUCCAUCAUCUCCUCCUCUUCCUCCUCCUCUUCCUCUUCUUUCUGUCCCGGGUGGGCUCUGUGCUGUUGUCACUCCCUGUAGAUCCGUGGGCACCAUGUGGCCCAGUUGGACCCCCUCGGCAUCAUGGACGCUGAUCUGGACUCGUGUGUCCCCACUGACAUUAUCACCUCCUCCGACAAGCUGGGUGAGGAGUUACACCCCUCUCUCCCUGUCCUCCUGUUCCUCCCAGUCUGCCUGGCAGUCUGGCUCUUUUCAGGAACUUUGCUUUAGUCUGGGAGCUUUUCAGGGUUUGGGAAUGUUUCUGUGACCUGUCUUCAACUGAAACCGUGUUGUACAUGGGGACAUUUCUUCACAGUCAAGGUUUCUUCGGGUUUUUGGUGUGCUGUGAAUGUUUCAGAAACUUUCAACUGAACCGGAAAUUCUCCUCUGUCACUCAAUACUCCUGGAGGGUCAGGUGCUGAACAAUCCUAACUCGGAUAUCAUCUUAUUCCCUUUAUAAGCUAGCGGGCCUGGUUGAUCAAAAGGUUUGAUCUGGAUCAGAAUAAUCUUAUCUGGAAAUAUAGUUUUUCGCCGUCCAGGAUCAGUUUAUCCGGCUCAGAUCCAUCAGUGAAUCUGUGGGUCAAUAACUGGUAUAUAAAACAAUCUGAAUCACAUCAACAAUCACACUCUUCCUCUUAAGGACCUUUUGGUUACGAAAUCCUGACCUCUUCAAGUAUGGCAAAUGUGAAUUCAUUUUUAUAAUUUUAACCCUUUCAAUGCCAGUUCAUUUACUUAAUGCCACUUUUUUACACAAAUAUUCCCCAUUAGAUUAAUGCAAAGUGGAAUUUUUUUGUGUGCAGGAAUUACCAGUGUGGGAUAUGUCAAUAAUUAGCAUUAAAACUGACUUUGAUAGAUUAUAACUUUUUGUGCAAUUGCACAAAAAUACAAAAACUCACACUCUCCCUCCUGCGGCCCUAAAAUUGAUCCCCUAAAUAGCUAUCAUGAAUAAUAAAAACAGAAUACUUGAAUAUGUAAUUUUAACUGCUGUAUUAACUUCUUGAUCACUGAAAGGAAGUUGAUUUUGAACAUGUAAAUAUACAUAUUUUUGAGUAAGAACAAACAAACAAAACAAACUGGUUUUAUGUAUUGACACCAACCUGCUAAUGGGACUGGGGAUGGAUAUUAACCGCUUGGUUAUAAUUCCAUGCAUUUACAUGUAAAUGUUCAUUAAUGCAUAUCGUUCCAUUAAAAAAAUAAAAAAAAUAAUAAUAAUAUUAAAUCCUAAAUUAACAAUGUGAAGGUGGUGAACUGAAAUAUUAUGAAGUUCGAGUAUCUAGGGGAGCAGUCUUAGCAGAGAAUGGAGGUGUGGGCUCUGCAAAUGUGUUGUCCACAUCUGCAACAGAUGUUGCUGAUUUUCCUAGAGCAGAAACUGCAGUGUUGCCUCGGUGAAGCCACUGCUGGCUGGCUGUCAUUCUGCAUUCACCACAGCAGCAGUGCUCGGAUUCUAGGGGAGCCUUUACCACUGCUGCAUCAGUGGACUCUCCAUGGUUUUUCCCAGCCCCAUCCAAAAACAGCCCAUGCUUGUGGGAGGCCCCCUCCUUCCACUGUGGAUCAACACACAUCCACUGGGUCAAGGCAUUGUAUGCAGAAACAUCCAGGAUGUUAUAAAAUAGGGUAAACGACCACCUCUGUGUCUUGCGUCGGCUGCUGAUGACUCGGUAGAGUGAAGAGGAAAAAAAGAAAACAUAUUUCAACAUACUCAGCACUAGGGAAAGGACUAGGGUCUUUCCUGCCAUGGUGCCUGGUUUUUCUUCCAACAAAGCAGCAGCACACCAUUCAUUUCAUCAGCUGAUCUUAGUCUUCAGACAGCUGAUUGGUCAGACCGUGUGUUUGAAAAACCUGCAGCCACACUGGCCCUUUGUGGAAUAGUUGGGAGAUGCCUGCUCCAGACAUUCAGACAGCUCCAGCACGAUCCUUUUGCCCUGGUUCACAUCUGGGCCGGCUCUUUCUUGUUUCUCUGUGCAGAAAGCCAUCUUCCAGGCAGAGCAGGUCUAAAUGUUUUUGAACAACCAGGCCCUGAACUCAAUUUUGUACAACUGAUAUAAUAUUUUUGUCAGACUCUGUCUUUUUUAACUCUUAACCUUUAAUGAACCACCAACAAAACAAACUUCAAACCUUGAUUUUGUUGUUUAAUGGGUUUGUGAACAAAGAUCUUAAUUGGAUUCACUUUGCAGGAAUAGAUUCAGCUCUCAGGUGUGCAGAUUAAAUCCUUUUAAAACCAGGGGAAGAAAAACGGCUUAGAGAUUACACUCAGAGAAACAUGAUGAGAUUGAUUUACAGAGAACGCAGAGGGAAAAUCAAGAUCAGGUAUUGCGUUGGUUCAGAAAGAUCUUUUUCAGGUGUCUCUCAGCACUUUAUCCUCUAUCCUGUUGUUUAUGCUAUUAUGCAAAGAUCAAGUUGAUUAUAGGUGUCUUUUUUUUUUCUAAGUGUUUCAAAAGUAAAACAAUGAGCCAACAUGAAUUUAAGACUUUUGAGAAACAAAAUUAUAAGAAGUAGGGGGAAAUUUAUCAUUAUGAGUCUGAGAACAGACCACAAGUCCAGACUUAGACUUUUGAGGAGGAUCUGGACUCCAGAAAGAUAAAACUGUUUGAGGUAAUUCUGGAUCAGUUGGUGCUGAGACAAUGGACUGUAUAUAAAGAUGGAUGAGGCGUCUCCACCUCCUCUUUGUAUGCAUUAGUGAAGCCACAUUACCCCUGCAACAAUAGUCUGAUGAUGAUAUUGAGAGCUGGAGUAUUUACAGUGAAGAUGAGCAACAGCGUUCGCACUCCUUCCCUUUGUUUGCAGAAGACUGUGGUGGUUAUGGGAAGUUCAGGGACUUGUGUUAAUUUUGGUCACAUUGUCCUUUUGUAGUUUUUCUCCUACUCUGAUCAUCUGGCUGAGAAGAGCCUCAUCUGUCACCAUACCCUUUUUAUAGCAUCAAACCACCAGUUAGGACUUAACAUCUGAAAAAAAUGAACAAAUGGAUAAAGUGAGAAUUAUCAGAACCAAAUAAAACCACAAACCCUGAUUGAGAAACACUCAUUUGGUUUUAUUGUUUCUCUCAUUGGGGGAGUUAGUCUUUAUGGCCAUUGCAUCAGCCCAUCAGUAGAACUAGAGCUGUUGUGACUUCCAUCUUUUUAUACAGUCUGUGUUUGAGGUGUUGGUGUUGUUGUUUGCUCUUGAAUUUGCAAUAGAGAUCUGUGGCUGUGGUUUGACACGUUUUUAGCUAUCGCUUUGUGACGUAUGGCUUCUGCUUUGACAUGUUAGCUCUCAGCUGCGGCCUUUGUAAGCUUGUUGCAUUUGUAGCUUUGGCCUUUUUAUUGCUAGCUGAUUAUAGUGUUUAGAGGUGCAGGGAUCGUGGACUACCUCUGCACUCUGCCUGAAUGAGGAUCUUGAUGGUAAAGCAGCCAAAUGGUGUCAUAUGUCCAGACUCCAAUACAGGAUGUCUUAACAGCUGAUCUGAUCGAACUUUUGGAUCGCAAGACUGAUUCAAAGUCCUGUUCAAGUUUCAGCCUAAUUAAGAGAUAUUUGGUCAUUUGCUGUGCAGUGUACAGAUGUAAAAGAGCCAAUCACAGCCAGCUGAACCGACAUUUCUUGCACAGUGAAACAGCUGAUUUUAGGAUCUCUGAGUAUUUUUCCCCCUUUGUGCAAAAUCUGAAAGCACCAUGGUAACAGGCUGCAUGAUGUGGACAUCUGAACUAAUCAUAGAUAAACACUGAUGAGCUGUUACAUGAUGAGCACCUGUGCAAUCAAAUAACAACAGCUCUGCCGUAAAUCAGCUUCAGUAUUUUCAGGAUCAGGCUGUGAUGUCAUGUUUGAAUUCAUCAUCAGGAAACUUCACUGGAGAAAAUUCACAAAGCUCAGCACACCAGGAGCCUCUGAGAAAGGAUUUAUUAAACAGAGGUGACACCUGGAGCUAAUGUCAACACUCCAUCCCAAACUUGCAUGGACAGUGUGAGCACAGACACUGCAGUUAUAAAAAAAUAUAUACAUAUACUGUAGAUAUCUACAGUGUACUAUACACUGUAGAUAUACUGUAGGCUACUGUUCUCCAUGCCGACAGGAAGACCGACUGAUCAAACCCGGACCAGAAAAGCGUUUUCAACUCUCCCGCCCUCUGCCGCCGAUCUGUUCCUCCACGUCUUAACUCACAUUACACAUUUCCGGUCCAGUCUCAUCUGAAGACAUGCAGCUGCCUCAGUAAGAGAAGUAGCUCGAUCACGUAAUUUGUACUGUUGUUUAUUCUACCGUUACUGGCACGGCUAAAAGUGUAGCAAGGCUAAUAGCAGAUGGCUAACUCUAACUUUAGCAAGCAUAUUACAUGGUGCUUCACCGUUAACUGGGCGUGACUGAGACAAGCAUAGCGGGGAACAACGUGAAGUGAGUUGAACUGGAACUUGUUGACGUAUUGUCGACUUCACAAGCUGGUUUAUGUACUGUUGAGGCGGACCACUCUCCUCCAUGCGUCCCUGAGCUGCCUGCUUCAGAUCCGUCACUCUGCUGUGCUGUGAGGUAGUUAGUCAUGAAGAUUGUCAUGAGGUUCGCUGCGCCAUCUACAGGAUAAGUCGGGGAACUUUUCAAAUGGCGGAACAUCUUCAAAGUGAAACUGAAUCUUAUUCUCUGCAUUUUAUUUACGAAAAUAUCGUCGAAAAUCUGCAAGUUUUGGCUGAUUACCGAUUAGUCUCAAACGGGCUAAAAUUGGCUGAUUUAAUCGGCUCGCCGAUAAAUCGGUCGGGCCCUAAUUCAAACAGACAAACAGGAUUUUAUAUCUCUGUUAAGAUAUAAACUCAAAGGUUGGUAACUUUUGUCUCCAAAAUAAAAAAGUGAGUCUGUGUCUGAAACCUUUGCUGUGUUACAGUUCGGUCAUAGUAACAAAUCUAUUCCAACAUACUUUGAGGUAAUGUCCUUUUGUUGUAUUGCUUGUCUGUUUAUUUGCAUCAAACAGAGGAGACAUUUGUGCAGCCCUUCAAAUGUCUAAAACUGGUCCCCUUAGAUUCAAGGUUACAGUGUUAUGUCUUCAGUUCCCUUUGAAUUAACUCAGUUUUCCUGGUAGCAUUGUGUGGAAGGAGGCGCCUUAAUUCUGUGUAUAAAAACAUAUUUGUUUGGGUCUGUUUUGUGUUAUAUUGGAUGACUGUAUUACUAUUAGAGCUUGUUUGGUCUGUCUUAAAUCUGUUUAGUGCACCUGAACCUCAUCUGUCUCCAUCCCUUAGUUUGAGCUCUCUUGCUUGAUCGUCACUAACCGCUCUCAGCUUCAGCACUGCCUGUUUGUUUGCCUUACUGCAGUGAAAAUGGUGUCAGCGCUGUUGGUCUCGGUAAGCUCUUUCAGGGACAGACGGUGAAUCAGAAAGUCUGGAUUAUGAAAACACUGAAGUUUGGUCUACAAAGGGAGGACGUCAGUGUUGAGUUCAGGGUCUGUACAGCUCGAGGAGUAUUUGCUUCCCUGCUUCAGUGAAGGUGACCUGCGCCCAGUGGCUUCUGUUUCUGUUUGUGAAACCCUCUGUGUGGGUUGGUUGAUGUGUGGCUUCUGUAUUCAGGACCUUUGAACCUCAGCAUGGUGUUUGGCAUCCUACUUUCUCCACCACUCAUCUCUGAAUUUAUCUUUUAACAUGAAACUGCUUGAGGUUGAAAGCAAAUAAAGAAGGUGGUGGAGAGGUUGAGAUGCAGGGGCUGGUGUUGUGCUCUGUAUUAGCUGUAAAAGGUUGUGGCAUUGGUUUAAAAAUGGCUGUGGGUAUCGGGUUGUAGUGGGUGUUGGGUCACUAAUGGUCUCUCCCUUUACUGCCCCCUGCUGGUGACCCUCCAGAUGUGGCUGUGUUCAAGGAGAGGCUGAAAAUCCUAACGGUAGGAGGUAUGAGAAACAAAAACAUUGGUGUGUCCCCAUGAGGUGCUGUAAAGCUAGCUGUGUGUCAUUAGUAACUUAAGUUUUUUAACUGCAGUAGUAAGCACAUAGAAAUCUGUAGAAACUUGAGUUUGACAGAAAGCAAACCGGCUGUCUGCUGGACCAUCCAUGGGUGGUGUAGAUGCUGCUUCCUGCAGAACUGGUUGAACAGUAACCACAGCAGACAGCGGGUUUAUUUUCUGACAUUCUGCAGAGGUUCUUACUCUACAGGAGCGGCUAAAGAAAGGGGUACUUUGUUUGGUUCACUGUCUUUGCAUCCAUUAGUUUGAUAAAGGUGUUCAUAAAAGUCAUUUUUCCGAUGUUAGUGACUUUUGGGAUCCAAAAACAUCAAGUAUACAUUUGAUAAUAGACAGAAUAACUUAAAGAUUUAACCCAGACUCCAAAAAAGUUGACAGCCGCUCGCUAACUUUAAGUGUGAUGCAAACAACAUGUUUGAAAAAAGUUUGGACGAUGGUAUGUUGACCACUGAGAUGCAUCACCUCUUCAUUUACAACACCUUGUAAACAUUUGGGAACCAACGAGAGCAUUUUCAUGCUUUUAAAGAGGAAAACAUGCCCAAUUCUUGCUGCCUUAACAGUUUGAGGUCUCCUUCCAUGAUUCCCAACAAGAUUGUCAGACUUUGAUCUGCUGAUCUCAGAGCAGUUUUCCACUCUGAAGAGAUCACUCUGAAGUGUGGAAGUUAUUUUGUGCCAAUGCAGCAACUUCCACUACAGAGUCAUGCCCGUUUUUAAGGCUGUGUUGCCCAUUCUUGUUUUUUGACCUGAUUUGUUCAGAUUCUCUUAAUAUUUAAAUAAAAGUUUGCAAUGUGAGACAGUCUGGAUUUUUUAAACUAUUUGCUCACACAGCCUCUCACAAAGUGAUGAACCCUAUUCUCAGUUUUCCCUCAGAUAGAAUCAGCCUCUCUGGAGUGAAAAAUGAUCAAAUAUAGAUAAAUGUUUUCACAUAUUUGAAACCACCACACUCUUAUUUUGUCAACAUGUUGUAGAGAGUCCUCAUUUUUUAUUAUUUUUAAUUUGGGUUGAACAAAAUCUAGAAAGGAAUUCAUCUCUAAAAUUGAACAGCAUUGACUCCCUGAAGUUUAACGUCUAUAUUGUUCAGUCAAACUAGCAGGGUACAAAACCACAUAAGCUGCUGGGUUCAUCACAUCAAACCCAGAGCCUGGUUUGCUGUUUCCUCAGGAUUACCACAGAUUCAAACCUGCAGGCAGUGAACCAGAGUGAAGUAUCUCUUUCAGCACAGAGGGAACAUCCUGAAUUUUUACUUCGAAGGUCAUUCUGCAGCGAAAUAUACCAACAGUGCUGCCGCUGUCCAGCUGUCCUCUGACCUCUAAAUAUCUCCUGCCUGUUGUAGUCGGUGUAGUUACCUUUGUUAGCUUGUAGCGCUGCUCUGUCCAGUAGACAGUAGAAAAGUCUGAUAGAGUUUUCUCUCAUGAAGAGUUGACAUGAAAGCUGCAAAGUGACAUUGGAGGAUUAUGAAACUGUGUCCAGAAAAUGAUAAAAGUGUAACUCUGAAGUAUUUAGUAUUUGAUUACUACAAAGAGCUCUAAUUAAUGCAGAAGUAACAAAAUAACACUGUGGCUUCAUUUCUUCAUGUAAGAAUGACUGUGCAAUAUUCGCUCAGUUUACUAAAAGGAGAGGUGAGUUUUUUUUUCACAUUUUAACGCACAGUCACAGUUUUUUAGGUUUAAUCAAGAACAAAAGCACCAGGGUAUAUUUCCCCUGAUUCUCCUUUGAGCGUCAAUCAAAAGUUUUUCUCAAGUAUUUUGUGAGAAUCGGACUCUGUCUAAGACUUUAUUUAAGCAGGAUAAGUGUAUCUAAAACCUCUGACUUUACAGUUUGAGCCUCUACACGGGUUUAGUUAAUACUUUCUUGUCAGUUUGUGGCCAUAUGUUGAACAUAAUUUCCUCGAGUCACUCUGUAGCUCUAUCAGCUGAAGUUUCUCUGUCAGUGAUGAUUUGUUUUUGUGUUAUUGAAAAGAACGGUUAUUUUCUUUCUGUCCAAAAUUGUGCUUUUUUUCUCACCAGAUUUUGUGGUUUUGAUGGACUCUGUUAAAAGCUCAUUUGGCGUCUAAAUUCAUAAAACUUGGUUAAGAAACAAGUGAAGGAAACAUCACUGAUAGAAACUGUUCAGCCUGUUUUAGUCAGCACUGUUGAUCAGAUCUGCUCUGAGUUGGAGCUCUUUUUGUCUGUCCUCUCUCUCUGUUUUAAUCCCUCCUCAGCUUUUUCUUUGUUUUUUUUCUGCUUUGCUCUGACUUUUUGGGGCUUUUCUACAGGUUUAGAGCUUAACCAUGUUUUAAACAAAGAGAAAUCAAUAAGAAGAUAAACACAUGUUAAAGUGCUGUAGUUCAGAUGUAACGUGACAAAGUGUUCAGACCUGAAGGGAAGAUCAUUUUAUGUUGUUUUCAUACAUGCAACUAACUCCUGAGGGGUUUAAUUCACAUACAAUUCAUAAAUCUUAAUUCUUAUGAUUUGAAGUUGAUUUUUUUUUCUCCCUGCAGUGUCAGUCUCUUUGUGCACAGCGAACAUAGCAAGUUUCUCUCAUGAGUUUGACGUAAGAAACUACAUUCAGCUUUAUUAAAACAGCACCCACAAAAAUGUAUCCCUUGAGAUCGGUUAAAUUAAAAAGGCUGUUGUCUCUGGGACUAUGAUGACAAAAACAGUGUAUACAGCUGGAUAUGUUCCAUCAGUGUUUCUGCUGAAACUUUUUCAAUGCAGCUGCAUGAACUCAUAGGUAACAGAUUUGUGUUGGAGUACAAAUGAACUGAAAUAGUCCAAAAGAUGCCCAAACAAUGGAUCAUGAUUAAGAUUUGUACAAAGUUUAGAAGCAGGUCCAACUGUGAGGAAAAAACAACCUUAAAAUGCUCAUCCAGUUGGACCAGGUCUUUAUGAAAGUGCUGAAGAAUCUUCAUCCUGAUGGACCUCAGGUCCCGUUUUCACACAAAUGUUUUUAGAAUUCUUCGACUUUUGGUCUCAUUCAUAGAUUGCCCGUGUAGAAAUUACCAAACCCUUUUGGUCUGAACACUCACUCAAACGUUUUGCACGGAUUUGAAUGAAGUCAGCAGUGAAAGUAUCAAACUUUGUCGUUACAUCUGACAUUCAAACACCAUUCAAGCCAAAAAACAGAGUCUGUGCCGAGCAUGUGUGCAGGGAAAGUCUUCUUUUCUUUCUUUUUGUGAAAACUAAAGUUUUGUGACUGUGUGUUGCAGAGUCAGACUUCCAGUCACAGUUUAGUUUGGACUGCAGACAGAGCGGUAAAGAUCCCAAACCUGUCGCUAUGUGUCUGUGGGACUUUGUGAAAACGUUUUGGCUGCAGUCUUUUGUAAGCAGAGAAGAAGAGUGCCGUCUUGUUUUGUGUCUCCUCUCCUCCCUCUCUACUCCAACACUCUGAAAAUGAGGAGGAGGAGAAGGGCAGUGAAGAUGCUGAACAGUGAACUGUCUGCCUGCUGUCUCAAGAGAGGCUCGGCGUCUUGAUUGGCCAGCUUGGCUGUCAGUUGUCAUUUGGUUUGUGGCUGUUAUGCCUCAUCCUUGCUGCUUAGAUCAUCAGAGGAGGUAUAUAACCCGUGUGAGCACUCUGAUUGGCUGAAUAAGCUGUCCGUCUGCCAGCAGCCCUCUGAUUGGCAGGUUGAAUGUGUUGUGCUCGCUGAGAGUAACGGGAAGCAUUGAAAGCACUUUUGCAGAUUUAAGGAAACUGUUUUGUCAAACACACAUGCACACACAGACAUCUUUCUUUUGUCUCUCUCAGUCUUUCUUUCCUCUCAGUUUCAUAACACACGUCCCUUAACUGUCCCAUAAUCCGUUUAAGUUUGCAGAAUAAUCAUUUCAUCCUCAUAAACCCUUCUAACAUGUCUCUCAUGCUCUCAUUAACACAUUGCUGCUCACAUCGCAGUGACCUCCAGCUUUGAUUGUUUGUUCAUAAUUGACCUGGAGACUCGCUGUCACCUUCUCCCCUCAGGUUUUGGACAUUUUACCUUCUGUCUUGUCUUCCAGGAGACUCCUGCUGAUUUACAGGUGUCAGCAGAGGUCAAACAGUCAGAAAGGGGGUCCUAAAUGUAGGCUGAAGAUGAGUGACGUCAGUGCAGAGAAAAUGAAGUGCACAGUUAGAAACAUAGUACCACCUGUAUAGCCACUGUGCAUAAUGUUGUCCAAUCUGCGACACAGAGAAGUCCGACACUGAGCCAACUGAGCAAAUCCGGCAGCUUGUAGGACAGAAACAAAGUGAACUUGUUUGGACAUUAAAAGAAUUAAACAUCAACACUGAAGAAAAAGUGACACAACCUACCAGACUGUCUCCUUAAUAUCCUAAAUGUAUGUUUUUGGUUUGAACUUGAGGGGUUAGGAGUCAAAGUUUACAGCUUAACAAUCAAGUUAUCUGAAGUAACUUGCUGUUUGAUCCAGCAGGUGGCACUCUCAUUGAUAUCUGACCAUUGAAUGACACUGUUGACCCGGUAAAUUAAUACAGUGAUUAUUUCCUACAAAAAUAGAGGACAUGCGCAUCAUUAAAGCCGUCUUGAGCGCUCAGUCACGACACUAAAACAUCAGGAGUUUUUUAAAUUCUACACCACAGAUAGAAAAAUCAAAGACACGGACAGAGCUGUGUGACAGGUUUGUUCAAAGGAGCUAUGUUAGUCUUUAAUGACAGUGAAUCUGCAGAGGAGGUAUGGUGCUGCUGAGCAUGCAGUGACAACAGGGGAUAAAAAAGGAAAAGCUGAACUCAAUCCUGAUAAAGUCGUAGACCUGAAAUUAGCCGACAGACUCUUCAGAUUGGUGUAAUAUAAAUGUUCUUACACUUUUAGUGAAGGUUCUUUCAUUUCGCUCCUGUUGUCUAAUUUGAGUUUUUUAGUGUGCAGUUUUAGUGUCCACGUAGUCGUUGCAGGGGGAUCCUAAUAUACUGAACCAAGAGCGCAUCAUGUUCAAUUUUCAUUCAAGCUUGAUUCUUUGAAAAAGUGACAGCUCUAACCCCCAACCUGUUUGUAAUCAUUCAGAGCACAGUGUCUGCCUUGAUCUUGAUCCUGAGUUUCUGAUUCCACUGAAAGCUUCAUUGAUUGGCUGUUUUGGUAGCAGCUCGAAAGCAUAAUGCAUCUAAUCUCACUGGUUAUGAUACAGCAGGAUUCAGAAGCUGUUCUUUGCUGUGUACCGUUAAAAAUACCAGUCUGGAUUGUGAGGAUGAUAGGCUUCAUCAAUGAAAUGGUCGAGUUAAUUCUGAACCUUUGGAAAGCAUAAAGUUUAAUUGAAAUGAUCUCAUUAACAGAACAAAAUGCUCCCAGUUUUCAGAAGUUUAACUCAGGACACUCAGAGUGAUGCCUGUGAACUGUCCUGUCUGCUGCUGCUGUUCUGUGUUUUCCCUCCUCUCAACAAAGAUCAUGUUCAGUCUUCAGUCUGCAUCUUGUGUUCCUGCUGAGCACCUCUCUAGAAUAUAAUUGCACAUUAAGAAAAGGCUCAGGAUUCCCCUAAAAAGGCGUCGGUGAAUUAUAGGAACUAUUUUCUGCAGCGGAGGGAUACUGAUAAACAGUGCUUGCUUGGAGAGGCAUUAACUGCAGUGUGACAAAGAAGGUUAUUAUCAGCAGACUGAGCAUUGCUGUGUAUAUUUUUUAAUGUGUGAAGCUGCUGAUUGGCUCAGGUUGAUGAUACUAACGUUGUCUCUUUUCACUUUUAUUUUCUUUUUGACUCAACUGAACCCCCAAACUCCUCCUCACUGCUGCUGCAACACAAUCAAACUAAAACUGUCUCUGCUGCUGUCGCCUCUCACUCCUCUCUCUCUCCUAUUCAUCUGUGUGCACAUUUUUCCCUGUUUGUGCUUUAAAAUGUGUCUGGCUGUUACUAAAUGUUCCUCUUUUGCUAAAAUAAUAUUCAUUCAUUCAUUCAUGCGUUCAUUACUAACCUGUGUUUGCAUGUUUUCGUUUGUCCUCGGUUUGUUUGUGCGUCUGUCCAUCUCUCUGUCAUCCACUCUCUCUGCCCUGCAACCUUUCUCACUUCCUACCCUCUUUUCUCCCUCCUACUCCCUCCCCUGCUCCUCUGUGCUGUGGUGCAUCAUGGGAUGUGUAGGCUUCUAUGGUCUGGAUGAGUCCGACCUGGAUAAGGUGUUUCGGCUGCCCACCACCACCUUCAUUGGAGGCUCAGAGAGCGCCCUGCCGCUGAAGGAGAUCAUACGCCGACUGGAGGUAAACCUCAGGAAUACCAGUUUUUAUGGGUGGAGCAGGAAUUUUGACCACAGGGGGUGCCAAAACUGAUACACACCACAAGUUCCUCACAGAAGCUGAAAGUUAUAUUCAUCAAUUAUGAGGGAGCAUCAAGAAAAGAAAUAUUAAGAUUUCAAGAAUAAAAUGUUCAUGUUACGAGAUUAAACUCAUCAUUUAGCCAAUUAGGGGGCACCUGUUCAGAUUAUUCUACUGUUUUCUACUUCACCUGACACCCCCACCCCCCCGUGUCCUCUUGCUCCUGCUGUCAGAUGGCCUACUGUCAGCACAUCGGUGUGGAGUUCAUGUUCAUCAAUGACCUGGAGCAGUGUCAGUGGAUCAGACAGAAGUUUGAGACACCUGGAGUGAUGCAGUUCACUCUGGAGGAGAAGAGGACGCUGCUGGCCCGCAUGGUGCGGUCCACCAGGUAACAGACACACAGCAACACACCUGAAUCAACACUGAAACACACCUUUAGUCCCCCACUGAACACCACCACAAACCUGCAUCCAGGCUCGGUGCUCAUCCACCAGUCAGCCUGAAAGAGAGUUUUGCAGGGAUGAGAGGACAGAACCUCCUUUAAGACCGUCUGACAGUGAAGUUUUGUUCCUCUAAUGUGUGUGUGUGUGUGUGCAGGUUUGAGGAGUUCCUCCAGAAGAAGUGGUCCGCAGAGAAACGCUUUGGUCUCGAGGGCUGCGAGUCUCUGAUCCCGGCUCUGAAAACCAUCAUCGAUAAAUCCUCUGAGAACGGUGUGGAGAACGUCAUCAUGGGCAUGCCUCACAGGUUAUACACACACACACACACGCACACACACUGGUAUAUGUGUAUAUGGUAGUCAAAGCAUUGUAGUGUCUUUCUGCUACCCCUGUGAUGAAAUAAAAACACCACAACACUUUAUAGUGGCACGUUAAACUUUAAACUUCACAGUAAAAAUUUAAGACAGCUGAAAUGAAAAUCAAGAAUAAUAACGACUUUUUGUCUGCAAGACUCAAAGAAAAAGAAUUUAUUCUGUUUUUAUUUAGUUAGUUUUUAUUGGGGGAGAACAGGGUAAUGGACAGAGCAGGAAAAUAGGGUUAGAGAGUGGAGAACGACACACAGGAAGGGAGGUAAACCAGGGAAGUUUAAACAAAACCGUGAUGAUUCAACAACUUGAGAGAAAUGAGAAAUAAACAGACAGACAGAAGUAACAGAAGUAUUCAUGACAGACAUGAAGAUGUAAUAAGGAUACAUGUGAAGCAGGUCAAGUAAGCUUACUGAAACUCCUGAAAAGUGCAAAUGCUGUCACACUAACCUGGGAGUAUCUACAUGUAGUAAUGACUCAGAUUUAGUGACAUGAAUAUUCUUAUCGUCUGUGCAGCAUGUGUAAACCUCUCUAUGACAAACAAGGGUUUCUCUGUCGGGGUCGUCCUUGCACCAGUUUCCUGUGAUCAGUAACUGGCUGAAAAGUCUCUUUGCUUUGUGUCUUUUCCUGUGUUUAGGUCCUUACACACCAGGCGCGAAUUCGCCAAGCAAAUUAUUCGCCUUUUUUCAAAACAACAUAAAGUCAAUGCAAGCUUCCACACCGGCGGCGAUUUUUCCGCGGGGCAAAAAGCGUCUUUUAUUUUUUCGCUCUUGUGUCAAAUUUUUCGGAUAUUCGCAGGCGAAUAUCUGGACCUGCUAGACCUCUGGCCAAUCAAAAGUCAUGUUGUUGAUGACGUCACAGACCCAUACGGCUGGAGGAGAGGGAGAAGUUUGAGAUUAUGAAAACGCAGAGAAAGACAGCUGAGGUGCAUCCAAAACUCUUUCGAAUUACUAAUGAAGUAGUUUCCUCACAAGAUGACACUCUCUUGUCUUCCUUAGGAGACAGAUGUCAUGCACACUUCACAGGGUGACCGCCUCAUCAUGCCUGAUUCUCCCUCUUAGCUGUUUGACAAACCGAUGAUCUGUAGCUACAGGGCCAACAGAAUGACCAGACAACUUGAAGGAUCACUGCUCAGCCCUCGCCUCUCCUGGCUGCUGCGGCGUCUCUCACAGCUUUUCCUCCUCUUUCUCCCUCACUCAUAAUGCUAGACAUGUCAAUCAGCAGCCAUUCACACGACACACACCACCACUGGCACCAAGAGCAACGAUGGGAGAGAGGCUGGUAAUUGCGGUACAGGACCACCCCGCAUCUUCUCUCCUCCGUGCCGCAGAGCGACUUUAUUAAUUCGCUUUGCGAAAUUUAUACGCAUAUUCGCUUCGCGCCCGGUGUGUAUAGGCGAAACUGAUUUUUCGGACCGGCGAAUAUUCGCAUUUUCGUCUCGCUUUUUCGCUUCGCUCCGCAAAUUCACCGGUGUGUAAGGACCUUUUGAUAUCCCAGACAGAACACCUCACUGUUCUCAUCUCUUCCCCUCAUUUUCAACCCUCCUCUUUUCUCCUUUAGGGGUCGUCUGAAUGUUUUGGCCAAUGUGAUCCGUAAAGAGCUGGAGCAGAUUUUCUGUCAGUUUGACUCCAAACUGGAAGCUGCUGAUGAGGUAUUUAACCUGUUUGAAGAAUCAUUCCUGCUGUAAUUACACCUGAGCCUACAGGACGGCGAUGGAGAUCCAAUCACGUCAUUUGAUGUGACACUGGAGUUUCUAGUUAUUCUCUGACCUUGGUGUUACUCCUCUGUCUCCUAAGGGAUCUGGUGAUGUGAAGUACCAUCUGGGAAUGUACCAUCGUCGUAUCAACCGGGUGACUGACAGGAACAUCACUCUGUCUCUGGUGGCCAACCCGUCUCACCUUGAGGCUGUAGACCCUGUGGUGCAGGGGAAGACCAAGGCUGAGCAGUUCUACUGCGGAGACAACGACGGCAACCGGGUGAGUCUCAGGAGAACGAUCUGGGACAGACUGGAGCCAGAUAUGUACUGUUUUUCAUGCUUGUAUGUCGCUCCAUAUGAAGACAGCAGUUUGUUUCUACAUGACUGAAAUUUACACUUUCAAUCGUGAAAUUUUUUCACCCGAUUUGUGCUUCAGUUUCUCCUCACUAAACCAGGUGUGUUUCUGUGUGUGCAUGUGCGUGCAUGUGUGUUCAGGUGAUGUCCAUCCUGCUCCACGGAGACGCAGCGUUUGCAGGUCAGGGCAUCGUCUAUGAGACCUUCCAUCUCUCCGACCUGCCGUCCUACACCACGCACGGCACUGUGCACGUCGUGGUCAACAACCAGGUAACGGACACCACUGUUUGUGUCUUUGGAUGAUGUGUGUGUUUAAAAGAUUACUGUAGAUGUAGAGCACCUGGAUCGUCUUUUUUGACUGUUUUUAUUUGUUUAGGAGACCGGCUAAGAUGAUGAUCGUGUGUUUAGAGUUUUUCUCUUUGGUUGGGAGUGAUUAGAUUUUGUUAAGCUAAUUCUUGUUUAUUUUAGGUGCCUCUCAUUUUGUAAGUCCACCAGCCUUAAACUUAAAUGUGCUGCCAGCCUGUCUUGAGAGUUGGAAAAGUUGGAGUGUGAAACAUUUUCCCCUAAACCAGGAACUUGAAGGGGCCAAGUAUCAGAGUGCUGAGCUAUGAUGUUCUUCCCCCAGAUUGGUUUCACCACAGAUCCUCGUAUGGCUCGCUCAUCUCCAUAUCCCACUGACGUCGCUCGUGUCGUCAACGCUCCCAUCUUCCAUGUCAACGCAGAUGACCCAGAGGCCGUCAUCUACGUCUGCAAGGUGGCCGCUGAGUGGAGGGCCACGUUCCACAAAGACGUGGUGGUCGACCUGGUCAGUUUGUUUCAUCUCUGACAUUUCUAGUAAAACUUGUGAAGUGUGAGUGAACCCUUGAAUGAUGCAGCAGGAUCUUUAUCAUCCUGAAUAUGUCUAUGUGUGUUUGUCUACAGGUGUGUUACCGUCGGAUGGGUCACAACGAGAUGGAUGAGCCGAUGUUCACUCAGCCGCUGAUGUACAAACAGAUCAAGAAGCAGAAGCCGGUGCUGCAAAAAUACGCAGAGAAGCUUAUCGCAGAGGGAGCCGUCAGCAGGCAGGAGUACGAGGUAAAAAACACACAAACACACCACAUGAUGUCUUCAGUCCCUCACUAAAGUCUUCUUAGAGCUCUGUGAGGUCCAACAGUUUUCAGCCUUCUCUCUGUUGAUGAGUUUUCUGCAUCAGCUGAGAGACUUCUCCGAAUCUCUUCUGGUCUCUGUUUGUAGGAGGAGAUCGCCAAGUACGAUAAGAUCUGUGAGGAGGCGUAUGCUCGCUCCAAAGACGAGAAGAUCCUCCACAUCAAGCACUGGCUGGACUCCCCAUGGCCCGGUGAGACAGCUCACUCAGUGUGAUUAGAAUCACAAACAGUUUAGAUUUUUACAGAUUGGGGGGUCUGUUGGACCAAGUCUGAAGCAGGUUGUGAUUUCUUGUCUUGUCAGGUCUUCGAAGUCAAAAUGAUGCAGAUCUGGUUUCAUGAUCUGGUCUCUGAUGAAUAUUACACACGUUUUGUCAUCUUUGUCAGGUUUUUUCACUCUGGAUGGACAGCCAAAGUCCAUGAGCUGCCCCUCCACUGGUCUGACUGAAGAGAGCCUGAACCACAUUGGACAGGUGGCCUCGUCUGUCCCUGUGGAGGACUUCACCAUCCACGGAGGUCUGACACGUUAACCAGAGAAAGAAUUGUAGAAUUAAACUCAGACAGAAGCUGAAAACAUGAAAAUCUCUCCAGUCCCGACUCUGGUCUGGUGUCUGUGUCAGUUUUUUUGUUGGACCUGUUUUUGAUUUCUUGCCUUUUUGUUGUUAUUUCUCAGUUUUUAACUGCUGGUCCAGUGUCUCUACCCCAACAUAACUUGCCGCUUCUCUGUUGAGAGACUGUGUGUAAAAACUGUGGCUGCUGUUUCAGGUCUGAGUCGUAUCCUAAAGGGCCGAGGUGAGAUGGUUCGUAACAGGACAGUGGACUGGGCUCUGGGAGAGUACAUGGCCUUUGGAUCUCUGUUGAAAGAGGGAAUCCACAUCAGACUGUCAGGACAGGACGUGGAGCGAGGAACCUUCAGGUGAAUCCCUCACACAGACCAGACCCUAUCCAGCUGUUUCCUCAGUUCCUGACCUCUUUUGAAAGUGAAUCCCUGAACUUUAAGAGUCUCUUUUCAAGGACCUCUUUUUCUCCUCCUCAGUUUAUCUGCAGACUUUCUGACAGAAUAUUUCUUCUCUGGAACUCAAAACUUGAUCCUAACAUGUCUGCUUUGUCAAACUCUGUUGUGAGCUAAAAAAAACAUCAGUUUUCAGGUUCAUGAUAGCGGCUGCACACAAAUGGUGCCAGGUUUAGGUCCAGGUUGAGUCCAUGUUGUUGGGGGAGAAAAGGGUCAAAGGAAGUGAACUGAGCUCUUCAUGCACCAUCCCUUUACUUUUUCUAAGACUGGUGUAUAACUCCCAAAGAGCAAAGAUCCUACCUGGAGUAAAUUUUUGGUCAUUUCACUUACAUGUGAUGAUAAGAUUGUAUUUAGAUCAUCAAGAGACUCUUGAUAGAAUGACUUCUGAAAAACAGCAAAUGCCAAAGGAACCAGUGAGAUCAUCUGAGUUUUGUUUACACUCUCUUUAGACCUUUGGGAUGAUCUCACACUGAGGGAAACAGUUCAGAAAAUGAACUCUUUUUGUCCCCUUUCAGCCACCGUCAUCAUGUCCUCCAUGAUCAAAAUGUCGAUAAGAGGAUCUGCAUCCCCAUGAACCAUGUCUCUCCUGACCAGGCGCCGUAUACAGUCUGCAACAGCUCUCUGUCUGAGUACGGAGUCCUGGGUGAGUCUGAGCGCUCUGCUGAUGCUCAUUCAUCAACACUCAAAAAUGUUCAUUAAAAACUCUAACUUAACUCUGUGUCCAGGCUUUGAGUUGGGUUUUGCCAUGGCGAGUCCGAAUGCUCUGAUCCUGUGGGAGGCCCAGUUUGGAGACUUCCACAACACGGCUCAGUGCAUUAUCGACCAGUUCAUCUGUCCCGGUCAGGCCAAGUGGGUUCGACAGAACGGCAUCGUGCUGCUGCUGCCACACGGCAUGGAGGGCAUGGUUAGGACCACACACACACACACACACACACACACACACACAGAGUUAGAUGUCAGGAAACCUUCAGGCGUGCACUGAAAGUGUGAACAAGGUUUUAUUAGUCUGUUUCUGUUUGUGUCUCCAGGGUCCAGAACACUCUUCAGCUCGUCCAGAGAGAUUCCUCCAGAUGUGCAACGACGACCCUGAUGUUAUGCCGGUAAACUCACACUCAAAAACACCAAAUGAGAAACAUCUCUCUGUUUAAAAUGUGAAAGCUGUCAUGAAUUUUACGAUGCAAGAUGAGAGUCUGCUCUAAGCAGAUGUAUGUCUCAGAGAAGCUGGGCUCUUAUUCCAAUGUAUUUCCCAGUCUAAAUCACUGUUUUGCAGAGUUUUAGUGUAUUUACGUUUAAAUAUUGUGUCUGAUCACUAACUCCAGGAGUUUUGGAAUCAAAAAUCAGAUCAGCAAGACUCCAGAUGAACUUGCUGUUAACUAUACAUAUGUAAACACACGAUUGCUGUCAUGGCGUUGGUUUACUGCGUCUGCUGUGCAUUUACAUAAAUUUAAUGUGAUGCACAACUUAGAAGUGUAGAGGACUAAAGCAGCAAAGCUGGGAGAGGGACUGCUUCAUUUAUCCACCAGGAGGCCAAAAUCAACACCAACAGAAAGUCCCUCAAAUAAAGGUUUAAAAACCAUCAUCAUCAUCAUCUCUCUCUCUCUGUUUCUCUCUGUUUCUCUUUUAGACCAUCACCGAUGACUUUGCUGUGCGUCAGCUCUACGACUGUAACUGGAUCGUGGUGAACUGCUCUAAUCCCGGAAACUACUUUCAUGUCUUGAGACGACAGAUCCUCCUGCCGUUCAGGAAGCCUGUGAGAGACACACAAACACACUCUUACACUAACACACACACAUGCACACGCACAGUGAUACAUGUUUUGAGCUUUACUUAAAUGGGAAUUUGCUGUGAUAUUUGCUGUCAGUGUGAAAACUAGGAUACAAUAUUGACGCCACAGAGACCUCCGCAGUGUUCGGACCCUGCUGCUGAUGUUUAUUAAUUUUCUGUCUCUGUGGCAGAAAUGUAGGUAUGGUUCUCUGGUGAUCACAGAAAUCUGAAACAAUACAAGAACUUUGUUUAUCCCCAAAGGAAAAUUCAUUUGUCCAAAAUCUCAUGAAAAGUUUUCUCUGGUAGGACAGUUAAUAAACUGUGUGAAUCCAGUCAGGUGAGAGGAGAGGGUGACGUGGUUGAAGUCUCCUGAUGUUAUUACAAGUGCCAGUAUCGCAGAGAAUAAAUGUCAACAAGUAUUGUUAUGAUAUGACUGAACUCCCUUGGAACAUAUUAUGGUCAACAGUUCAAUAUCUGGACAACACAACUUCUCCUUGACAGUUAUGUGUGAAGAGUUACACCAUCUCUGGUUGACAAAUAAAGCCAGACCUCCUUUCUUCUUGCCACUAGCUUGAGCGUCUCUGUCUGACAUUAUAAGAGUGAAGCCAGGUAGAUCCACACUGGAGUCUGAGUUGUUUUGAUUCAACGAGGUUUCAGUAAAACACAGGAGACUGCACUCACAGUAUGCUUUCUCAGUCUUCACCAAUAUCUCCAACUCAUUGCUUUUGUUGGACAGAGACUUGAUGUUUCCCGUGAUGACUGAUGGAAGAAACGGUUUAUAUCGCCACCUCCUAGCAUUCAGCUUUGCCUUCACCUUUGCACCAGCACGGCAACCAUGAUAAUACCUCCUGAUGUCCUCUGGAAUUGUAUGUUGUUAUCCAGAUUUUUGCAGUUUGCUUUUUCCUCAAUGGAAGGAUCUCUUCUCUUGAGUAAACUCUUUGCCCAGCAGAAGUAUCCAUCAGCAGCCAACAAAAUGACAACAAAAAUAUGAAAAAAUUGAGCAAAAAUUGCAGAUAAUACAGAGAGACCAGAUUUUGCUGCUCCUUGGUUAAGGGCAGGUUCUGGAAUGAAUGACCUGAAAAAUCUCUGACUUUUUACCUCCCAAAUAUUACAGUUUGACUGUUGAAGCGCACGCGGUUUCCUCUUUGUGGGGUUUGUGUAUGGGAGCUGCAGGAGACAUCAAGCAGAAAUAGACUUGUGUUGUUAUUUGACUUUGAAAUCAUCUAAAAUGAUCAACCUCCUUUUUUUUCUCCAGUUGAUCGUCUUCACUCCCAAAUCUCUGCUGCGUCACCCGGAGGCCAGAUCCAGCUUUGAUGAGAUGCUUCCUGGUAUGACAACUCUUAGUCUCCUUACACUUAUCAGGAGUCCUCUGAAAAGAAAAUCAUUAGUGUCAUCUUCCUCCUCCUCCUCCUCCUCCUCCUCCUCCUCCUCUCUGCAGGAACUCACUUCCAGAGGUUGAUCCAAGAAGAUGGAGCAGCUGGGGAGCGUCCAGAGGGGGUGAAAAGGCUGAUCUUCUGCACGGGGAAGGUUUACUAUGAGCUGACCAAAGAGAGGAAGAACAGAGGCAUGGAGGACACUGUGGCCAUUGCGCGCAUGGAGCAGGUAUGUAUGUGUGUGCACACACACAUGCACUGACACCAUCGUUAGCUCUAUAUGUUUGUGCAUUUGAGUAGAUCAAGUGGGUUUGUAACCCAGUGGGGUGACUGUGUCAACCACAGAUCAAAUGUGAGUUUUUGUAGACGUGCCACUGGCCGAGCGGUCUGAGCAUUUCCCCCCAUGUACACAGGUUCAGCCUCAAGUAUGUUUGCAGUAAAGACGUUUUAAGAAGUAACUGUAUACUCCCCUCCACCCCUUCUUCUUUCUCCAGCUGUCUCCGUUCCCGUUCGACCAGGUGAAGGCAGAGUCAGAGCGUUUCCCCAACGCUGACCUGGUCUGGUGUCAGGAGGAGCACAAGAACCAGGGUUACUAUGACUACGUGAAGCCUCGCAUCAGGACCACCACCCAGAGAGCCAAACCUGUGUGGUAAGAACCCGCCCAGUCACAAGAUUCCACAAACUGCAGUGUGUUCCAGCUUAUGUGAAGGGUUUGACCUUUGACCUCUGUGUUUGUGUGUCAGGUAUGCUGGCAGAGGACCGGCAGCAGCUCCAGCCACAGGAAACAAAAACACUCACCUGGUGGAGCUGAGGCGCCUCCUUGACGCUGCUUUUGACCUGGACGGGUUCAAAGAUCAGCAGUAGAGCAGUGACCUCUGACCCCUGACCUGCAACAUCUGGAUCAUAGCCUCACCUGUCUGGCCUGUGACCUCCCCUGAACCCUUCUGGAUUUCAUUGUGACACACAAACCACAUCAACAUACACAAACACACAAAAACAAACACACUCAGUCAAACUUCAGUGAAGCUGCUCUGCUGCAGACAAACAACUUCAACAUGAUCUGAUUCUGUUCAGGACUCGGUUUACUCCAGCUGCAAACCCAGUUUCACUCCCGGAUGACUUAAUUUCAGCCUCAAAAUGAGACAUUUUCUGAUCACUGAAACCAACCUGAUGAAUUAAAGUCAAUAUUUUAAGCUUGGUUAUCUUUUUUUCUGUCAUUAACAAAGAAAAGUUCUGCUCUCCUUGAAAAACUGAUCCUGAAACAGUCCAAAGCUGUCCUAAAUCUGAAGAAAAUGCAUUUUUCUGCAGCACAUAGUCCGAUCUCUGAAUCAGACAUGGCUGUGAUAGAAAAAUGAGUAAACAGGGCACUGAACACAUUUCAUGCUCCAUUCAGUCCGAUCAAAAGAUGCACAUGUGCACAAUGUGUAGAUGUAGUAUGAUCUGAAGUUGAUUGAACAGAUAGUUAGGUUACAGCUGAUCGACUAGUCUAAAGGUCAGAAAACACUCAGAUACAGCCCAGAGUUUACAGGUUAACAGUGCUGAAUGCUUUGCAGAUUGUGGCUCACUUUGGCAGAGCUUUGGGUUCACACUGACACGGUUUUAUGCCAGUUAAAACUGACACACUCCUCAUGCAACUUUAUCUCUAUUUUCCAGAUAAAAACACUGACAAUGUGUCUGGGAGCAUUACAGAACCAAAACAGCAGCCAUUAGAGCCCCAGAUAGUGAUGUGACAGCUUCGACACGACAUAUAACUAUGUUUCUUAUAACCCUCUUACAUAAUCUGUGGUGAAUAUUUGCUGGUCAGUCAAGCACUAUAGUGUCAUGUCAGCAAACUGUGUAGUCAUUUUGGCGUUGUGGGCAGGUGCAUCAUCCCAGUACAGCUUGGUGCCAGAAUAUUGAGAGUUCACUCUUUCUGCAGCAGCUGAUCUCUCCUCUUAAAUAGAUUACCUUGGCAGUUGUUUAUGAUGGGAAAAUUAUGGAAGGUGUGUGGGAAACUGGACGCAUUUUGUGCAGUGAACAGCCUGGUGGUACUUGGAGGUGUCAUUGCAUUAUGUUGAUGUAGAACGUGCAAUAAAUGCAGCGCACACUUUGCACAACAUGUGCACACUUCUUUGUUUGCAGUUGGAGUUUACUGAGUACAAAGUAAUAACAGGAAUAUUUCACUGAAGUGCAGGUACUGUGUGUUUCCUGCUCAGUAGAACAGCAUCAGGCUCUGCUCCAUCACAGCAACUUUCUGAGCAACAACUUUUCUCAACAGAUUUAUAACGUUUAAGAAUGAGAAGGUGUAGGCAUGAGAGGAAAGACGGUUCCGUUGAAAGAAGAUCAGAUGUGAUGUUAGAGACUUUGAUUCACUGGAUUUCACAGUCAGAACUUGCAUUAGAGAUUUGUGUAUUUUAAGUUUUAAGACUUGAGUUGUUAAAGCUGUGUUUAAAGUAAUUUGUUGAUUAAAAAAUACAUCAAAUUUGGAUGCUUUCUGUUUGAUGGUUGCAGAGUUAUUGCAUGAUCAUAAAGGUUUGACAACUGUGGCUGAACAAGAACUUUACCUGACUAUCUCUCCGUCUAAAAUCAGUGAAUUUUUGAGUGAAGUUUGGAGCUUCCUGACACACAAAUAUUUUGUUUAGAGUAAAUAACGGUCAUUGAAGCUUGGUGCUGCAGACAAAUCUCACUAAGAACCACAGAAAGCAGGUUAGACUCACGGUGUUUCUUUAGGCCACAAUAAACAAGCUGCAGAGUUUUAAGAGGGAUGCUUUGCUCCAAAGACGCUCAGAUCUGUGAUGGAGAAGAGCCUGACACUGAAGGGUGAAAACACACAUUCCUCCGUCCUCACACACAUACGCGCGCACACACACACACACACACACACACUCAGACACAGAUUGUAUAAUGUAACAGCAGGUUGGCAGUUCAUCCCACACACAGGCAGACACACGCAGGAUCAUUACUCAAUAUUCUUCUUCACCUGAAUCGUUGCAGGAAACUUUUUACUUUAGUUUUUAAUCAAUGGCUCGUUAGCAUUGUUAGUGCUCUUCAUUCUGUUGGAAGCCAAUGGGAGCCGAGCCAGUUGAGGAAAAGUGAGAGUGAUGCUUUGAGGAUCAGAUUCAGUUCAGCAGGUGGAGGGUUCCUGCCUUUCAGCAGGUGUGUGAGCUUGUUCAGGUAAAGUCUGUCAUUAGUCACCACAGCGAGGCUUCACUACCACACUGAGAUUUUCUUGUUUUUCUUUAUUUUGAAGGGAUAUUUUGGGAGUUCAAUGGCUGCGUUCUGCGCUAUCAGGCAUCCCUACAUGAACCAAAUGCACUGCUGAUUAUAAUUUAACCCCUUGGCUUCUGUCCCUCUUCUCUUCUCUCUCUUAAUCUCUCUGGAGCAUUUAUCCCGUGCCAAAAUGGAUCAGAGCGUCUCAUGUUUUUAUUAUUUUACUCACAGCUGAAUGAACUCUGUCAGCAGGAAACUAAAUCUCCUGGUUUGAAAAUAGAAAAUGUAAACGACAACAGAAGAUGAAAUCAGCUGCAGGUGGUAUUCUGGGCUUCUGUGAGACAAAGAAAAUGAUUUAUUUAUUUUCAUAAUAGGGGAUUGAAUUUCUCUUCAUUAUUUUGCUUCAUUCAAUAAAGAAUCCUGUAUGUACUGAAGAGCCUCCA